GGGAACCGAAUUCUCUGCUUGUAAAUACGGCUUCGUUGAUCAUUUCACUGCAGUCGGACAAGAACUGUUUAUCCGUUACCGUGACUGUAUAAGUGUAGCAUGAGGUCAAGCUGUGUUUUCGGUGUUCUGUUCUUGACAAACACUGCAUUCGAGGUUGGACGACACGGUGGUGGUAGAUGGAGAUGAAGAUGAAAAACAGUCCUGGCUGUUAAUGUUAUGUGUUUAUUUAAUUCUAUUAUGCAGUCGUACAUGAAGUAACAAGUGCUGAAAGUAUCUAGCUGGAUAAACAGAACCUGCUUCAAGUUUGUUGACUAGCUAGUUUUGGCACCCCGUACUAGUUUACAUUACAAAAUCCAAUUCUUUACAUUUACAUAGCUGAUUCUUUUAUCCAAAGCGAUUCACAGUACUGUGACAGUAUAUUAUCUAAGCAAUUGAGGGUUAAGGUCCUUGCUCAAGGGCCCAACAGUGGCAACCUGGAAGUGGCGAGGCUUGAACCAGCAACCUUUCGAUUACUAGUCCAGUACCCUAACCACUAGGCUACAACUGCCCUACCAGUCUUUAUUGUUUUAUUGUUUCUUUAAUCCAUACUGAUGUCUGAGAGUCGAGGAAGCCCCCAGAAAUGGGACUGGAAUAAUCCAAAGUGUCGGGCUCAACUGGAUGAACUUUUCUUCCAAAAACAUGACUUUAUUCAGGCUGGAAGUUCUGAAUAUAAAGAGUUUUGGACUUUCUUUGAUCGUUUUCAGCGAUAUAAAACCAAAAAGGAGAUGGCUGGCAAACGCCAAGAAAAACAGCACGAAAGCAAAGCUUGGAAAAAGAGUGCAACCGGAACACUGGAUCUUGGGCUCCCAAAGGAAUAUGAUGCCCGGUACAGAAUUAAUGUGGCCUUGUGCAACAAGACUGCCAAGGAUUGUCUUAGUGGUGGACGCAGAGAUCGUCCUAGUUCGUACAGUCAGGGUAUCACAGACUGUCUCCUCGCCAUGCUUCAUUUUAUAGACUUUACUCAGAAACAGAGCUUUGGUAAACUAGUCAAGCUGCGUCAGGAGCAGAGGAAUCUACCAAUCUUCCAGUACCGUGACAGGAUUGUGGAACUGGUCAGGACCCACCCAGUGGUGGUGGUGGCUGGAGACACAGGCUGUGGUAAAUCCACUCAGGUGCCUCAGUAUCUGCUGUCUUCUGGCUUUAACCACAUAGCCUGCACUCAGCCUCGCCGUAUUGCCUGCAUAAGCCUUGCUAAAAGAGUAAGCCAUGAGAGUCUUAAUCAACACGGUUCUGAGGUAGGCUACCAGAUCCGCUUUGAGAGCAGUCGCACCUCAGCCACUAAGCUGCUGUUCCUGACAGAGGGUUUACUUCUCAGGCAGAUCCAACAGGAUUCGCUGCUAGCCCAGUACCAGGUGGUGAUCGUCGAUGAGGUUCACGAAAGACACCUGCACUGUGACUUUCUACUUGGUGUGCUUCACUCUCUGCUUCGCCUUCGACCAGAUCUGCAUUUAGUUCUCAUGUCUGCCACUAUAAACAUCAAGCUUUUCUCCAGUUUCUUCAACAAUGCCCCUGUGCUGCAGGUGCCAGGCAGACUCUUCCCCAUUCAGGUGAUAUACCAACCCAUACCUUCAGAGGAGCAGGCAACACGGUCUGAGAAGCUAAAUCCACGGCCAUACCUGCGUGUGCUGCAAGGCAUUGACCAGCUCUACCCAGCUGAGGAGCGGGGUGACGUUCUAAUUUUCCUGAGUGGCGUGGCUGAGAUCUCCACCAUCAUAAAGGCAUGCCAGAGCUACGCGGCACAAACCAGCCGCUGGAUCAUAUUGCCUCUUCACAGCACCCUGUCGGUGACACAGCAAGAUAAGGUGUUUGACAUUGCCCCAUCAGGAGUAAGGAAGUGCAUCAUUGCAACCAACAUAGCUGAGACCUCAGUGACCAUUGAGGGGGUGCGUUUUGUUGUGGAUUCAGGAAAAGUGAAGGAAAUGACCUUCGACCCAAAAGCUAAGAUGCAAAGACUUCAGGAGUUCUGGAUCAGCCGUGCCAGUUCUGAACAGAGGAAGGGACGUGCAGGUCGAACUGGGCCAGGAGUGUGCUACCGCCUCUAUAGUGAGGCAGAUUAUGAUGCUUUUGCCUCAUACCCCAUUCCUGAAAUUCACAGAGUGGCUCUAGACUCACUAGUGUUGCAGAUGAAAAGCAUGGGUCUGGGAGAUCCCCUCACUUUUCCAUUUCUAGACCCCCCUUCAGCCUCCAGCAUUCAGACAUCUGUGACAUAUCUGAAAGAACAGGGGGCACUUGAUGCUUGCGGAGAGCUUACUUCCAUUGGCAGACUGUUGGCUCAGCUACCUGUGGAUGUAGUUAUUGGUAAAGUGCUAAUUCUAGGUUCACUCUUCAACCUGGUGGAGCCUGUUUUGACUGUGGCUGCAGCACUGAGUGUUCAAUCACCAUUUGUACACUCUUCUCAGCACAAUCCAGACUGUUCUGCUGCACGCCAGCCAUUGUACAGUGACCUUGGAGAUCCUUUUACUCUGCUUAACAUCUUCAAUGCUUGGGUGAAGGUAAAAGCGGAAAGAGGAAGCAGCUCGAGAAAGUGGUGUAAAAGGAGGGGGAUAGAGGAACAGCGUCUCUAUGAGAUGACCAACCUUAGGCAACAAUUUAAAGAAGUGCUGUCGAGCCAUGGGCUGGUUGAGCUCCAGAAGCACUCUAUGGGUCAGGACAGGGGCCAGAGAAGAGAGAGGCUGAUUGAACGUAACAGAUUACAUCAGCUUAGGAGAGAGCAUGAGCUUCAGGAUGGUAAACGCAGGAAAGUGUUAAAUCUACAGGAAGGCCUAGAGCAUGAAUCUUUUUCAGGCUCGGAUGAGGAGGCAAGCGGAUCAGUUAAGAAGGACAAAGACUCAGCAACACAGGACAUAGACAUACAGGAAGUGAAGUUCAAACUGCGACAUGAUGUUACGAGGCUUCAAGGAGCUGCAUCCACUAGUGCGGCUCUGUCGUCUAGGCAACAAGCUCUUUUCACACUGUUGCUUUCCCAUGGCCUGUACCCGCAGCUGGCACUGCCCGAUGAACAUAACGCCACCCGCAAAGAUUCAGAGCAGGUAUUUCACACCCGUAACAAGCAAGGAUUUGUGAUUCACCCUUGCAGUGUUUUUGCCAGUCAUCCAGAUGUGCUGCACAUCUCUGAAACUAGUGAAUUUGAUGCUGAGAAGGGGCAGAGCAGUAGGCAUCAGUUGCUGGCAUUUGUCACUCUGCUAGAAACAAACAAAGCUUAUGUGUCAAACUGUGUACGAGUCCGUGCCUUGCAGACUUUGCUGUUGGUUGCAAACUCAGUGGACAGCAACGCAGACUGCACAAGGCUAGUGGUGGAUGGCUGGCUUGAGCUGGUUCUAAGUGAUGGGGAGGCAGCUCUUAAAAUUCUUUUAUCUUCUCUCACAAUAAGAAAAAGUUGGGAUGAACUGCUGCAAUUUUACCUGAGCCAGGCAUGUGGAAAAUCUGCUGGCCUGACGGGUACUGGAUCAAAGUCGGCUUAUAGUGGGUUGGAGAAACUUUCAAAGGAAAUUGUGCGCUUUCUGCUUUACACUGAGGUAAGGUACAGUCUAAAGCAGCUGACCUCACUGCAGUCUAAGAACCUUUAUAUCGGACCACAGCCAAACACAGAGCUUUCCCAUCUGGAGCUCUUUCCUGGGAUGAAAGCUGAGCUAGAUCAAGUUAAAGGAGGCCUGCGUGUGACCAAACACUUCACCUAUAACUGUCUAUGUGACUCUCAAGACCUGUAUAGUGAAUGUUUACGGGCAUUUUGGGACUGUCCUCAUUGUGACCUGCACCUGCCCGUUACCCCGCUGGAGCGCAUGCAGCACGAGGCCACUUGCAAGUCAAAAGAGGAACAGCAGUCUGAGAAUGAUCCUGAACAAGUUAAGUCGUCCACAUCUAAACUGACUAGGCACUACCACUGUAAUAUCUGUAACAAGAAUCUGAUCUUAACCUCCACUGAGAUCCUCAAACACAAGCAGCAACACCUAUCCUAAUCUUUUCUUGGCAAUCUUUUCCUAUUGAAUGUACCAGGCUAGUGGUCCUGACUGUAGUCUUAACUUCUGUGUUUGUUUUAUUUUAUUUUUUAUUAUUAUGAUUUUUUGUUUAGGCUGAAUCCUCCUAAAUGUAUUUUGUUCUUCAGGAAAAUUUAGGAAUCAGGAAAAUGUGGUCUGAACAUAAAGUAAUUAUAAUAAACACAUUUUGCCUAAACUAAUAACA